UCGUGGCCUAACGGAAAAGCAAUCAAUCGACCUCCUAGUAUCGAUGGCGAGUUUGGUGAAUUUUGAAGCGUCAGACGUGAAUGCCUCCCAUGAGCGGAUCUUCGGACAACUUGGCUUCACCCCGCCAACGAUGCUUCUCGAGCUCAGUCAACCCUGUGAACAGCUGAUCCGUUUUUGCUACUGGCUCGGACAGGAGGAACCCUGCGCGGAAGUAUUUCAAACCACCCGGACCCACGUGGGCUUUUGUUGCUCCUUCAAUGCGGACGCAGCGAUGUACGUGAACAAAACCAACAGCCCGUACAGAUCCCAGACGCCGAACAUUCGGGUUUCCGGUUCCGGCAGGCACGUUGGUCUUUCGGUGCUGGUUGAUAUCGAGCCGCAGCAUUAUUUGGCACCGACAAAGUCAUUCUUUGGAGCAGAAGUUUUCAUCCACAGCCCGGACGAUUUGCCUGGGGAUUCGGACUUCGAGGAUAUCCUGCAGCCGGGUUGGGACGUGGACUUUGGUGUAACGCCGAUUCCGAUCGACAGCAGUGACACCCUGAAGCGGGUUCCGUUGAAACAACGCAAGUGUUUUAUGGAAGGCGAGGGAAAGCUACAGUCGAAUAAUCUGUUUAGUUUGAACUACUGCAUGGCGGAGUGUCGUCUUAGGACCAUCAUCAAGUUGUGCAACUGUGUACCUUUCUACUAUGUUGGCUAUAAUGUUUCCGAGGCAGCUCAUGUGCCUGUCUGUACUCUGCAGAAUACAAACUGUUUACGCCUGUAUAGAAAAUUUUUCUACAGUUUAAAGCCUCCGAAAAACAUCGCAGAAGGGCGUAGGUUGAGUUUUGAGCUCGGCAUGGACUGUGACUGUAUGCCGUCCUGCACUUUUUUGAACUAUAACGUGCAAAGUAUCUCAAGCAAAAGGAAAUCAGGACCAUUCACUUCAUCAUAUUUUGGCGGUCGCAACGUGUCCAGCUACGCGACGCUCCACGUCCACUUCAAGGACCUGUACUGCGUCAAGUAUCGACGGGAAGCGUUCAUGACCUGGGACUCGCUGCUGGCUUCGUUCGGCGGAAUCUUCGGGCUGUGCAUGGGCGGUUCGGUGCUAAGCAUUGUGGAGCUGGUUUACUAUUUCCUCAUAAAACCCUUUACGUUUUAUAAGCAAGGUGAGGAUCAACGUUCCUCUGCGGAUCAACGUGUUCGACCGUUGAGUACUCCAUCAUCAUCGGAUGGAAAUGGUCCGUUCCGGAAGCGGAAGAGCAGCUUAAUGUUUCGGCCCCAGCGAUAUCCGGUGCGGUACUUUGAGAGAAGGAAUGUCAUCUGUCGGACUCGAAUGAGCGGAAAAAAUGGGCGGAAGAAAAUGAGCGCCGAAAGACAAAUAACUUCGAGCUACGAGUUGGAAACGAGAGAUGAAAAUGGGGUUAUAAUUCUGUAUUAAAAUAAUACAUCGGUACUCUUUAUUGUUUUUUUUAAAUGGUUACAGCUGUUUGGAGAAUUUAUUUUC